GUCAGGAAAUGGCUCGUCGACCGAAAGGGUGGUCGGCGCUGAUGCUGGCGGUAACGAUUGUUACGCUCAGCCUGGUGAGCUUAGUGAAUCGGUGUUCUGGAGCAACAGCGGCCGCAGCGGUACCAAGUAACGGCGGCGGUAACUCGGGCGAACUCGACGAUGAUCUGAGCGCGGCGGAAAGCAGAAAUUAUCGCGGCGAUGCGUUGAAUAUCCCAAAGUUUGGGGAUCGGUUGGCGCCCCGGAAUCGGCCUCACGUGGAAGAUGCGAUCGUGGGUGGCGGUGGUGGUUCUCCCGUGGGAGGACCGGCUGCUGCUGCCGGUAGUAGUGGCAAUAGUGCGAGUGGUUCUAGUGGUUCCAACAAGUUCCGGCGACAACCGGCCGGGCUGACAUAUCGAAACGCGGGAAGAUUCGGUGUCGCAAGUGCCAACAGUGGUGGUGGUGUUGCAAGUGGCAGCAAUCACGAAGAGUUGCAUACGCUGGUCAACCAUGACCAUGAUAUCAAGCGAAGUGAUGUGCUAGUGGCUAGUGUAACGCAGAAUCUGGAGGAUCCGAACGCGGCUGUGGGCAGUGACUACUACACGGGUCCUGACGAAGAAGAAGAUGAGCUAGAAGAAGAACACGACCAUCCGGUGGCCGAUGAUGAUGGUGAAGAGUUUGAAGAUGACGAAGAAGCGGCUGACGGGGAAGAAGAGGAAGUUGAAGAAGAACAGCAACACUUUGAAGAUGUGCAAGCGCGUAACGCCGUGAAGAGUGACGAACCGCAGCACGUGCUGCUGGAUAACAACAGUUUGGCAGCGCUGCUGAAUGUCAGCAGUAACGCGUCGUCGGCACAAGCACAUCGGCUGGAAAUGUCCACCGAGUUUUUCGUAGUGCCAUCGACGACAUCGUCGGCAUCUCGCGGGGGCUCGACGACACUGCGUUCCGGUGGUGUGAUCUUCGCGGCACGUAAUCCGACGAGUCAGCACAACAGUAAUAGUAACAGUAACCACAAGCUGAAUGUGACUCCGCCGACGAUCGUCGCGACUAGCUACCCUAGUGGCCUGCGGAAGGAACCCUGGGUGGUGCCGGUUUUGGUGCUAGCAUCGCUGUCGAUGAUCAUGAUGGCUGCGUUCGAGAUCUUCGUCCUGUGCAAAGCCUGGCGAACUUCCCCAAGCCGGCGUCAUCUCUUCCUAGGUCAAAUGCUCCUUCUCGGGCUGUUUGCCUGUUCCGGACUGGCGGCGGUCCUUACCAUCAACCCUACAAUCCUAUCCUGCGCCACGAUGCGCUUUGGCGCUGGCGUUGCCUUUGCCCUCGUGUUUGCCUCCCUCCUGGUCAAAUGCGUCUUCCUCAUAAGCCUCAACGGUGGAGUCUACCUCCCCGCCCCCUAUCAAGGACUCCUCCUACUCUUCGCCGUCCUCAUCCAGGUGGCCGUAGGCGCUCAAUGGCUCCUAACCUCCCCACCAAGCGUUGACCAGGUUCCGAUCUCCCCCGGAACCGCAAUCUCCAGCCGCUAUCACCUUCUCCUCACCGCCAACGACCUCAACCCUCCGAACCCAACCAUCCCCCUUUGUCACACGACCUUCUCCGAGCUCCUCCUGUCGCUCAUCUACGUGGUCUUCCUGAUCAUCUUCGUCGCGAUCCUAGCCAUCAAAUCGCGCGGCAUCCGGGACAACUACCGGGAGGCCACCUACAUCGGCCUUGCCGUGGGCGGCAUCAUCCCCAUCUGGCUGGGCUGGACCCUGUGCGGACUGGCCGUGGCCGAUCGGCACCGGGACGCCUGCCUAGCGUUUGGCCUGGUAGCGACCGCCUCCACCGUGUUCCUGGUGAUGUUUAUGCCCAAAGGUCGCCAGCUGGCCGCCAUGGGCAAGGAGGGCCUGUACGUGGAAGAUCGCGAAGAGCGCUUCAGCUCGCUGAGUCGGGCCGGAUCCGGAUAUUCGCCGUCCUUCUUUCACUUCAAGCCGAUCAAGUACGGCGUGAUGGGCGCCUCGCCGACGCUGCAGACCACGAACGGGACCGUCGUGGGGACGACGACGACCUCCAAGCACCAGGCGGUGGCGACGCUGGGGGGAGUCAUGACUGUGUCCGGUAGUCAACACUCCGCCACCUUCAAAAGCACUUGCUCAGCGGACCGCGAGUGUUUCCACUACUCCCAAGCACCAAACUGUGCCAUUCGCUGCCGCGGACUCGUGACCCGCUUCUGGAACGAUACCACCGGACUUCCGGACGCGACCAUCUCCCGGUUCUACGAGCCGCGAUAUCCAGGCACCGAAAAUCAUUGCAUCAAAGACGUCAUCGCGAGAUCUCCCGCUUGGGACAGCUGUCGACGAGCCGAACUCAUCACAAACUGCUACUAUCAGUGGUCCAACGAUUCCCGGCUGGCGUUCGUCCCGUUUACGAACCUUCAACUGCUGCGGAAUCUCCAGGAGUGCAUCGAUAUUCUGCGUCUUGAACCGGACAUUGUGUCAGCGAUAGCUCGCAAUGGAAUUCUCAGUCGUCCGGAAGGACGCUGCUUGUUCCGAAGCUUCCUUAUUCGAUCCGGACUGUACAGCGAUUCCGCGGGACCCAUCCUGGAUCGAAUCAACGAGCAGUGCGUCAGCGGGUACGGGCAAGAGCUGAACGUUCAGAACGUUGAGUCCUGUGUCGCGAAGCUACGUCGCGAGUGUGGACUCGACAAGUGUUCGCUGGCAUCACGAGCGGUGGUCGAGUGUCUGCAGGUCAAGCUGGACAUUACACCUUCCGGUGUUGGCUCUAUUCCGUACGGAGUGUACUUUCGGUUUUAUCCGCGUACGGCGGCGGCAUUGAUUAAAUAUAAAUUAAACUCGGGCAGUUUGAAGUAG